CAGUGGAGCCUUUCCCCUCCAGGGUCCCUUCUCCACACUGGCCUGGGACCACAGUGACUAGAGUAAUUCCUCUGGACAGCUCUCUGGUGUCCGGUGUGAACUGGGUCUGGGGGUGCUGAUCCAUAGAACCCACCAACCACUAUUGACCACCUCAGCAGAGGGCAAGGAUUGAAUGGGCCAUGGAGACUGAGAGAAGCCUGAACUAGGCAGCCUGGAUUCCCAGCUUCUCUUUAUGUCCUGAGGAGGGGGGGGGGGUGUUUUAAUAAUUGGAACUGGGAGCCUGAUCUCCUGUGUUCCAUUCCCAGCUCUGCCACUGACUUGCUGUGUGACCUUGGCCAAGUCCAUUCACCCCACGGCCCCCUACUGCUGGGCUGGCUGAGGUGUGACCUGGAGGGGUCAGCGGAGGGGAGCUGUUCCCUCUUGCUGAGACUCAUGGGUGCAGGGGAAGACUCCUGCCUUGUUUAAAUAUUAAACCAGUGCAGUCUUGGAGGAGGCGGGGACACCAGCUUCACCUGCCACUUCACGCUGUACCUUGCACCGUCGCCACAGCCAUGAAGCAAAAGCAAGGACUUGAGGAUACCAAGGAGCUAACCCUGAAAUUUGAAUUCAACCCCAAAGAUGGGAUUGAUAACCCAGCCCUGUCACUGGCAGAGGACUCCGAUACAGAAGGUGCAGAGAAGCCACGGUUCUACCUGCUGACCAAGGACAAUGGGGAGAACUUUGGGUCGCUACGUGAGGAGGUGGGGUACAAGGGGCACAUCAUCCGGCAGGUUGUGUGGGGGGGGGAUGGCCCACCGCAGGGCCUGCAGGAUGGGGACCGGAUCCUGGAGGUGAACGGUGAAUAUGUGGACAACAUGGAGCACUUCAGGGUGGUGCAGAAGAUCAAGGCCAGUGGUAACCAGGUGGCUGUUGCAGUCCUAGAUGGCAAUGCCUACGAAGUUGCAAAAGCCCUCGACAAGAACCUGGCAGAGCUGCUGCCAGGCCACACAGGCACCCGGCUCUGCCACGUCGUGAAGGACAAAAGUGGCUUCGGGCUUCACAUUUCAGCUCAAGAAGGUGUGAAGGGCUCGUUCCAGCUGUCCGUCAUGAGACGGCCCAGCAGAUAAAGCGGGUGUCCCUCUGACUCCUGGCUGCUCGAGCUCAACGGGACCAGCGUGAGGAACUACACUUAUGCACGGCUCACCAGGAAGCUCAAGCAGAGUGGCAGCAAAGUGACCCUGCUGGUGAUAGAUGCCAAGUCAGAGGAGUUCUACCGGCUGCAGGGUGUCAGGGUCAUAGCUGCCAUGGCCGAUGCCACACGCUGCCCUUUCAAGGCCAGGAAGCUGCACAUGGUGAAAGGUCCAGACGGCUAUGGUUCCUGCUGAAGGAAGAGAAUGCAGUUCAGGAUGAUGGGCCAGUUUCUGAGUGAGGUGGAUACUGUGCCAGCCGACAGGGCGGGGAUGAGGGAUGGAGAUCGGCUCCUGGCCGUGAAUGGUGAGGGCGUGGAGGGCUGUGCCCAGGAGGUGGUGGACAUGAUCCGCGCCGGCGGCAACCAGGUGACAUUGCUGGUCAUUGAUCCGGAUGGAGAAUUCUACAGCUCGAUUGGGUUGUCCCCACUACUGUUCUGUGAAGAUGGGCACCCGUCAUCGGGCACUCACACCACCCCAGGAUCCCAUCCUAGCAUGCAGGGAAAUGGCAUGCCUGUUGGCACACCCCGCCUCUGCCACCUUGACAUGGGGCCAGAAGGGUACAGAUUCCAGCUGCAGGACUGUCGCCACAAGCCGGGGGUCUUCAUCACACAGGUGGCUGCGGGCAGCGGUGGGAAGCGAGCAGGCCUGAAGGAGGGGGAUGUGGUGAUUGAGGUCAACGGGAGGAACGUGGAGCAGGCGAGCUACGAAAGGGUGCUGGGGAGGAUAAAGGAGAGUGGCCAGAAGCUGACGUUGCUGGUGGUGGAGCAGGAGCAGCUCAGGAGCUACGGGGAGAUGGACCUCACUGUCACAGCUGAUAUGGCAGAGGGCUGCGAUGUUGCUGCCAGCCAUGCCCUGCUGGGUUCUAGCCAGCUCAUCAGUGACGCGUUAGUCAGAACAAAUGCCACAGGCCAGACUCUGCUCUGUUGCUUGGAUGUAAUUGCCUAG